GCCCAUGCUCGACCUACAUAUAAUAUAACUUAUUUAGAUGCUAAAUUGCUAAUGCACCCUUUAUUCCUUAUUGGCUACUCGGAGUUGACCUUGGAGCAAACAAAGUGUUAACACAACUCUUUUUUUAACUACUACAAUCAUCUUAUGCACUAGAACUACUAUGACGAGGUUCUUUAAUUUUGGCUUUGAUAGCUUUAGUUUUCUUCUUAUUAGCUUCUUUAUCAGUCACAUUCUUCAACUAGUUUUGACGAACAUCAUAAUGCACCUUUUGGCAUACAGUAUUAUCCCACUAAUUCCAGCUGGAUGUUUUUCAUUCAAGUGAUUACAGAGAACCCUAAUCAAACGCACAUAAAAUGAGAUUUCUAAAAUUAAAACCUUAAAUCAACAAAUUCACCACUACAUUACGAUAGUUUAUGUAUUACAACCUUAUAUUUAAACCUCUUUUUAUAUAUUUUUGUGCAAUUUAGAUGGAUAUGGAUGAUUUAUAUUUGGAUAAAGUGAUAUUUUAAUAUUAAAUUUUAAUAAGUGUAAACAUUUUGUUGUGGACAUUAUAUAUUAUAUUCAAAUUUGAAUUUUUUUCGGUAAUUAACUUGAAUUUUUUUUCUUAUUGAUAUAAUGUUAUAUUUUAUUUGAAUAUGAAUGUUGAAAGAUUGUUUAGACUUAAAAUAACUUAGAUAUAUACAAAAUAAUAAUAAAAAAUUAUUUAUUUGGACUAAAAUGAGUUGAAUUUAUUAAACUACUAACCCUUAACUCCCUUGGUCAACCGGGGCAAUGGUUGAAACCUGGUUGAGAUUUGAGAACCUUGCAAAAUACACAUCCGUAGAGCAACGGCGGAGAUCGGUGAGACCCUGAGAGGCGGCUAGUGAAUUGGGCUGAGAGUUACACUGUAGACAAAGCUUGGGCUCCGUUUCUUAACAUAUCAAACUAACUGGGCCUGAUAAUACACAGAAAAAGAGUAGCGGUUCUAGUUCUACCUCGUUGCUUGAGGAUUAGGGUUUUGGAUUUGUUUGUCACCGAGCUCCCAACCAAGCUAAUUCACACAGAGCGGCGCAGCAGUUUUCUCCGGCAGGAAAAGCAACCAUGGGCCACCAAAACGUCUGGAAUUCUCACCCCAAGACCUACGGUCCUGGAUCUCGGGCUUGGUUAGUCAUCUUCUUCCCAUGUCUUUCUUCUUCUCGGUUUCUAGAUCCGUCUCUGCUUCGUUUGCAGUUGUUCGGCUCUCCGAUUUGGGUUUCGUCACUGAUGAUAAGGGUUUUCGUUCAUUGAUCCUUUAAAGUAAAUGGAUUUCGAAUUUGCUUUGCAGACCUAAUUUGAUUGACAAAUAUGUUUGUGGAGAUGUAUGAUGUAGCUGUUAUCUUAGCCCUCAAAGAAUCCUGUAAACAUGUUUAGAGAUAUCAGAAAGGGCCUCAUUCCAUUUUGUGCAACAAUUUUUCGCUUAAGACCUCGCAGUAUUCCUGAUGGGUAGAUGGCUGGCUGGUGGAUGUUGUAAUCUGUUGUUUACAGUUUUGUCGAAUUUCUGUUCCGUAUUGGUGUGCUGCAGCUGAAGUCUAGAUUGACCGUUAAGUGAAUUUGCUUUGAUUAAUGUUUAGCUGCUCCAAGGGACGGUGUAAGACUUCCCUCCUGAAUUGGGAAUGUGCUUGAUGUACCAUUUUUUUUUUUAACUCUGCUUCCUUGGUUAUGUUCUGGACAGCCGUGUCUGUGGCAACCCUCAUGCAAUCAUCAGGAAGUACGGGCUCAUGUGCUGCAGGCAGUGCUUCCGCAGCAACGCCAAGGAGAUUGGUUUCAUCAAGGUAAAAAGGCAGAAGAAUCCUUCUGCUUUUGGUUUUGGAUGGAUUGUUUUCUUUUUCAUCUUAAUGUUUUGUCUCCUGUAAUCGGUGAAAGAACUAGUUAACUGUUGAAUUCAUUGUUUCAUCAUUUUUACAGUCUUACUGAACCCUAACUAUGUCAUGUUUUCCCCCUUCUUACCAGUACCGUUGAGUGGAAUUGGAGCCUUUUUUUAUUGCUGGAUGAGUUUCUUAACAGAGCUUGCUGGCAAUGGAGACGUUGACCUACCUCACAGCUGCUUGGCUUCAGUUUUCAAGUGAUCUAUCUAAUCCUGAAGACAAAGAUAAUUUUGUUUGGUUAUGAUCAUGUUGAACUAGAUUGUCACUUUCCUUUUUUUUUAGUGAAAUUUAAUUGAGAACCAACCUACUUUUGGUAUCCGUCUGGAUCAAUCUGCUGACUGCCAUUGGAAUCGUUUCUGGCCUGUGGUCGAGGUGUUGUUUGUUACAGCUUUUCAAAUUCCUUAUUAUCUUGUUGGAGUUGGGCGCUGGCUUGGCUAUGGAUUCAGCUAAGUCACUUUUUGAACCUUUCAUCGUGGUUGGCUUGCAAUUAUACAGCGGUGGACGAAACCGCUAAGUCAAAAGAUGGGCUGGUUGGUAUGUGCAAAUGGAGGCCACAGGCAAGCGCUUGUGUGGAUUUUGUCACCGAGCUACAGUGGAAUGUGAACGAGAGGAAAUACAUAUGGAUUAGGGUUUUGGGAGAUCAAAGUGUAAAUUGAUUGAAAUUAACCUUCAUUUGGUUCAACAUGUUGUGGUACUUCUUCCAACUAUAGUAUAAACAUGUGAUUGACUUUGUGUCACGCAGGAACUGGGACAUUAAUCAACAAUACAAGAAAGACAACGAUGGCUAAGAAAGUAAAGAAUGCACCAAUUUACGUGGUUCACUAACAUAACGUGUUUUAGCUAGUCCAUGGGCGAGAGAGAGCCAGCUUCACUAUACUUGGGGAGAUGCAUAUUAAUUACAGAAGAGUAUGAGAAGUAUUUAUAGUACUUAUCCAACAAAACCCCCCCAUGACUUUCAGUCAAUGGCAGAUAACUCGAUUCAAGUCAUAUUAACAAACUCAUUGACAUAAUGUGAUAACCUUUACAGAAAACCAUCAAACAAUCUCAUCACGAAAUCGUAUUGGUCGAAUAUUAAGCUUGUACGGUUCAUACUUUUAAUUUUUGAAAGAGACUCGGUUGGCCGAAUUCAUGGCUACUUAUAUGCCAGGGAACCAUCACUUUAGGCUGGAUUGUUCAAUAUUAGCGGUUAAAACAGUAAACGUUGUUCCUAAAUCCUUUAAAAAAAACAGAUAAUCUUGUUCCUCAUGUUUUGGACUACAGAUCGAAGUUGUUUGUGCGAGUGUUGUCAUGUUCAGCUAGCUACAGCAACGAUAUUGUUGAAACUGACAGAAGCUAGAGCAAUAUAAUAUUUCUUUGUGAAAGAAAAUGAACAACCUUAACUCAUCGAUCAAGCUGAUGAGAUCCAAGAGUUUGGACGUGUCUGAAAGUAGAACAGCCAGAGAGAUUUGCUUUGUGAUUUUGUCUUCAUCAUCAGCUAGCCCUCUGUUUCUGAUCUUCUUGUGCCAAGUUUUGACCCAUUCCCUUUGUCUUUCGUGUUACAUGCCAAGAUCUGCACUGCAUGGUUACCGGCCAGUUGGUUUGUGCAUGGCUCUUCUUCUCUUGUCAAUGAGAAAGCUACUUGUCACCUUUUGACUACUGAUCAUCGGUAAUAUCUGGAUUAAUUGUUUGUUUAAGAAACGAUAAAAGUGCAAUAAAAACAGAUGUUGAUGUGUUGUCAAACUGUAUUAACUACCUAACUAACUAAACCACCAGUGUUUGAUGUGCAGAUCGAUCAGUAGAUUACACAAAGAUUUGUCUCUCUCACUCAUGGAUUAUUAUUGCCGGUAUUUGGUUUUAUUUUUUGGUGUUUAUGAAAAGACAUUAUUCUUUGAUUUAUUUAACUUAUUUGUGAAAUAGACUUUUACUAGUCGAUAAACAAAAAAGUCUUCGCCAGGGUACAGAAAAUAGGACUAAUUUUCAACAAAUAACAAUAAUAUUAAAAAGAACUAUCACUUCUUAGGGUAUCACAAACGGCCUCCAAAGGAUUGAACUCUCUGUGGCUGCAGACACUUUUCAAAAUGUUACGUAGCCAGCAAAUUACGGUGAAGCGCUUAUCAAAGGUUCAUGGAUUUGACUAGAGGUGGCUAUUUCAAUCCAAUCCACCAAUCCAAUCCAUCAAUCCAUUAAAAAUAUCCACCUAAUCCAAUCCAUUUAAAUCCAAUCUAUUUGAUCCAAAUCCAAUUGGAUUGGUGGAUUCAUGGAUUGGAUCCAUGGAUCAUUAGCAAAUUACGAUUUAGUACCUAUAAUUUUUAUUUUUUACAUUUUGGUACCUAAAAUUUAAAUUUUUAUACAAAAAAUAUCAUUGGAAAAUUACGUUUUGGUACCUAAAAUUUUUCAUUAUGACAUUUUAGUACCUAAACUUUUUACAUUUUACAUAUUGGUCAUUGAUUGAGGAUGUCAUUUGGAUUCAUGGAUAAUCCACCAAUCCACUUGAUCCAAUCCAUGAAUCCACCAAUCCAUUAGAUCCAAUCCGUUUGAUCCAUGGAUCCACCAAUCCAAUCCACCAAUCCACCAAUCCAAUCCAUUUGCCACCUCUAGAUUUGACCCUUGCUCAAAUUUUCAUCUCAUAUAAGCACUACCAAAUUAAAAGUUAGCUAUCGGUUACUUGGUUUACAAGUUAAUCAUUAAUCGCCCCAGUCAAAUUAUUAAACAAGCAACCAAUACAAUCGCCAUGAUAACAGUCAUAGUCAGCCAUUAAAUUUAGAGGUACAUUAUUUUUCACCAAUAAAAUCACUAUUUACCCUAACUUUCCAAAAAAUCUCUAGUUAUAUUAUUUAUAUAUCUGAACUUCUAUUUAACGAACUAAGUUUUUUUUUUUUUAAAUUUUGCCCUAAAAUGUAUUGAAUGGAUACUUUUGCCCCUAGCUCUAAUUUGUAACGAAAAAACCUAAAGUCCUAAACCCUUGCCCUCCUUGCUCCCCACCCCAAACUAGACCCAAUCGCCACCUCCCUGUCAAUACUCGCCGAACAAUGAAGAGAAAUAACUAAUAACUAGCUUUUACUCGGCCUUUGGCCGAAUGGGUUUCGCUUUAUUAUUUAUAUUGGUUAAUUUAUAAUUAUAUUUAAAAUAUUAACCCGAUUCGUUGGUCGGAUAAAUUUUAUUUUAUUUUAAUAAAUCUGUUCAUGUUUUUAAAUAAGUUGAGGUUUCUAAAAUAGUUAAUUCAUUAUUUCAUAGUAAUUUAUAUGUUAUUUGUUGAUUAUGACAUUACCGAUAAUGAGUUAAUAUGUACUUUUUUAUCAAGUCCCCCUAGUUUACUGUUGUGUAUUUUUUUCAUAUCUUAGAAGAAAUUUGUGGACUUUUUAUUAUCGGAUAUGAAGUUGGAGUUGAAAGAAAAUAUGUCAUCUAGAAUGGUAGGAAUUGAAGAUAUAUAAAAAUAUCAAGAGAAUAACGAAAAGAUUAUGCCUAGAAAUCUCAAAUAUGGAAGAAUACGAAAACAUAAUGCUUAUUGUAUAAAUUAUUAUAAUUUAGUGUACAGGCUUGAUUGAAUAAUAAGUGGAGGCUCUU